ACCGUACCACAAGCACAGGUUGGGAUCCACCGGACUCAGCGCAGCCCCGACAAUAAGCAGCAGCAAAAAGCAUGCUACUACAAGUCGCCAGGCUGCACCUAAUCACCCCGAGCCUCACUACAGGAUUCCUCUCAGUGACCGAGUCCCCUCAGGGAACCCACUAUCUUGUCCCUCUGUAUAUAAACCCCAAAGAGCGAUCGAUCAGCGAUUGCUAUAAAAUGGGCGGGGCAGGGGGCGUGACGGCAGGUCUCCCGCAGCGACUGACGGCGGUAGUAAGUAGUCGGAGGUGCUGUGUAUUCCGAAACCCAAAGAUUGUGGAAACUUGGAGCUGCAGUUCCCUCCCCUCUGGGAAAGAGGAAUAUACUGAGGCUGCAGCCAAGUGAGACAAGCAAAGAGCAAACUGCACGCAGGGGAGAAGUAUCUGAUAUCCGUUCUGCAAGGGGGAUCUGAUUACAGGCUUUGCUGCUCUCCUUCCCAUGGGCUGCCUCUGUCUGUGAGGACAACUACAGGUAACAGCACCUGGAUCCUUACUUGACUUUCACUUGACUUUACUGGACUUUCGCUAUUUCCAUGGAUUUGUUCAAGUGGAUGAUCCUCACUGUUCUGCCCUAGGACAAACUGGACUGCUCCAUGCCUCCCCCUGCCCUUAUCAUGUAACUGAGAUGGAGGCAACAAGUUUUGUCCCAACUGCAUUUUAUAAUGGAUCUGAAGAGAGUGGCCAACCCCAGCUAAAGGCCUGGCCUUACACCGCACUGGAGUGCACUCUAAUCAUUAUAGCAGUGGUGUCCAUCAUCUUGUCUACAGUACUUGGCAACAUUCUAGUUGUUUUGGCAAUAUUUACCAGCCGGGCCCUGCGGGCCCCGCAGAACUUGUUUUUGGUUUCACUAGCAUCUGCUGACAUCCUGGUGGGGGCACUGAUCAUCCCAUUUUCUCUAGCCAGAGAGGUUAUGGGCUAUUGGCAUUUUGGAAGUGUAUGGUGUAGCAUGUACCUGGCUUUGGAUAUCUUAUUCUGCACAUCUUCUAUUGUACACCUGUGUGCCAUCAGUAUUGACCGAUAUUGGUCGGUGACGAAAGCAGUCAAGUACAAUCUGAAGCGCACGCCCAAGAGGAUCAAGAGGUGCAUUGCAAUCAUAUGGGUGGUGUCGGCCAUCAUUUCUUUCCCGCCACUUCUCAAGUCUAAGCACAAGGAAUGGGAGUGCCUCCUAAACGACGACACAUGGUACGUCUUGUUUUCAUGUACUGUGUCUUUCUUUGUCCCUUGUCUUAUCAUGAUCUUGCUCUACUGUCGCAUCUACCGUGUAGCCAAACACCGCGUGUCCAGUCUUAGGAAUGGGGUUUCUGACUGCGCCAGUGCAACGCCAGGCACCUGCGAAACGCACCAUAACAUCCAAAACAACCACGAAGCAGAGGAACUGGAUUUAGAAGAAAGCACUUCUUCUGUGCAUAAGUUUCCCAAGAAACACCAUCACAAAAAAAAAGAUAAACCCAAAAGUGCCAAAGCGAAAAGGCUUUCGUGGACCUCAAACCGCGGGCAACAACACCGGGACCAAUCUAUUUGCAUCUCCCAGAUGCGCCUGAACCAGCUCCGAGAAAAGAGACUAACCUUUGUGCUAGCUGUGGUCAUCGGUGGCUUCGUUAUCUGCUGGUUUCCAUUUUUCUUCACCUACAGCCUAGAGUCUGUUUGUAGAAAGAGAUGUGGAAUCUCAGAUGCCCUUUUUAACUUCUUCUUCUGGAUUGGCUACUGCAACAGCAGCCUGAAUCCCAUCAUAUACACAGUCUUCAACAGGGACUUCCGCAAAGCAUUCCGAAGACUCCUCACUCAUGGUUCCAGAAGGACUACAUGAGAAAAUGCAGAAAUUUAUUUUAGGACCAGACAGAGUCACCUGUUUACUCCCUCCUUGAAUAUCAUAUACUAAAUAUGGAUUUUUUUUUUAUUCAACAAGAAUUUUAAACAAGAGACCAAAUUAACAUGGGUCAAAAAAAAAGCCACUGACAAGAUUUAUGUCUUGGGAUUAUGGGUAGACUUGUUUGUUUGGAAAUAAGAACUAAACCUCAUGUGGAUACAUCUGGAACACACACUGGGAGCGAAGGUGGGAAUAUUCCUUUUGCUCAAUAAUCCCCUUAUGAAAUAAAAACAGGACUCUCAGAAAUAAGAGGAAUUUGUCCAGGAUCUCUUGGCAAAAAACAUUGCUGAGCCAUCUUAACCCCAAACAGUCUGAAAGUAGUUUGAAAUCCUACCUGCUGCUUAUUUAAGCUAAAAGUUUCUAUUGGCUUUUAUUUUUAAAGUUGUCCGUGGCUUCUGUUUUAUGUAGUAGCUAUGCGCCCUUUCACUGCUUAGUUAUUAAUGCAUGCUUUGUAAAUUGAGCACACAUCACUUGCAGAUUACAUGCAUUUACUGUAUGUUAUGUAUUUUAUAUAAAGAUCUGCUUUGAUUCUUAUCCUUUGACAUUUUCCUUUGCACAGUAUGUUACUGAGGAACAAUAUUGUUUUCCUGGCAAGAAUAAAAGGGCCAUAGGGAAACUCUCCCUUUUA